CCGCGCCGGCGCCAGAAUCGAUCGCGUGAAUCAACUCUAGUGCGCGAGUUUUAGAAGCUUAUUUCUUCGGUUUGGACAUGUCCCGUUUUGCCAUUGGAUUUCCUUCCUGUGAAUCAUGGCUUGAGCGUGGAGAGGCCAAUUUCAGUCAGUAAAGCACAUGGAACCAUAUGCGCCCCGAGCGCGACCGCGUUAACCGGUGUUACGCGCACUUCAUGUCAUUUUCGCAUUUCGUAACUUGUUCGCAUUUAAAUAAAGAACAUAUAUUUUUUUAAAGAUACUUCGAUUGCUAAGUGCUGUACAGAUAUAAUGGAGUUGUCACUUGUUUUAUUGGCGUUAUCGAUGUUUUUUAAAACUUCGUCGUGUGUAUUUUGCUACGUAUGUAAUCCAGAGCAGCAGACAUAUGACGGGUCGUUAUUAUGCAAAGACUUUGACGGUAGCGAGAAAUUCGUAGAAGACUGUGAACAUUCCACCAUGUGUUUUAAACGGGAGACCACCCUGAGAUUUGGCGAUGGAAUGACGUCGUCCACAAUACAGAGAGCUUGUGCUUCACAAACUCUUGAUGGCGACCAAGCAAGAAUAAACGGUAAGUGGCAGAAGGUGAAUACAAUAUACGAAGUCUACGAAGAGACGUGUAAGGAAGACUAUGACUCAGACAGACCAACGAAAACAGUCAACUGCUACUGCCGCGGCAAUCUGUGUAACGCGUCUGACGUUAACAUAAUCAAUUCAACAACUAUAUUGUUAUUUAUUAUUGUAUAUUUAAUUAGUUAAUGUGAACGCUUUAGAUAAAAUUUUAAAGCAAAUGUUUAACGACCCAAAUAUGAUAACAAGAGCUUCAAAAUUAAACUCCUGCCAUUUGAAAUUGUUUGUAGACUUUAUGACUAAAUGCAUUUCGUAUGCAAAGAAACAAAAACUUUUUUUCGAUCGAUAUUUCAUUUUUGAAUAAUUGUAUUCUCAUUCCAAAGAAAAGUAAAAUAUUUUAUUAUUAUGUUUAAUGAAAUAAAUAUCACUAGUCAUAAUUUAAUAAUUAUGUGAUUUUUAAAUCGCAUUUUUACUUACUGCCAUUUUAAUUAUUAUUAUACACCAAUAGCAUUAGGAAGUGAACAAAGUUCACGGCAUAGACUAUUUUAUAUUUAUUCCAUUUGACUUUUUAAAAAAAUAUUAAAUGAUUAAUAAUGUAUUGGAUUGUAUACAAAUUCUUAUUAGGCUAUUUAUAAAUGUGUACAAAAUAUAACUAUACUAACAGACUUAGUACAAAGUACUAAGUAGGUAUUUAAAUAUAACAAUGCUGUAAUUUUUUUUAUUGGCAAUUCUUAUAAAUUUUGUGUACUAUGCUGUUAUGAGGUUAUUGACCUCAAAUAUGUAUAAAUAAAAUAAAGCAUGUGUUUAAGCAAUACAGUAUUUCGAUUCAGUUAACUAAA